AUGGCUAUGUUUUUGCAGAAGCAGAAGACGCAGCCUCAGUCAACUGGUACAAUCAUCCGCAUUCUACCUCAACAUUCAAGCAGACGUCAACACCUCGCGGGUCCGAGCGAUGCCAUAGCUACGAACCCCGACAGCUUCUUAGAAGCCUAUGGACCGAUCGGUAUAUUGCUGUUCAUCGCUGCUGGAGUCUCAGUCUGCUGGACUGUGUGGCUUAUCGUGCUUAACGUUCGGCCCAAAGAGACUGCAAACUAUCUCAUGGACACCGCCGACUUCGACGACGGUCAUUUCUGGCUCAUUAUUGAUCCCGAACUUGAUAUUACUAUGCUUAAUGCAGUCACUCUCGGUGCUCUCGCUGCCAGUUAUGUAAAUGUAUUGCUGAAAAUGACUGUGCUAAGAAAUUCGAAUUUUCGGAUCGUUCCGGCUGGACCAAGUUGGGAAGAAAUGUCCCCUUCAUUGAUCGCGAGAGCGCCUUGGCUUUGUCAGUUUCUUCAUCAAGCUGCAACAUUUUGGAUCGAACUCACAGGAUACUACGGACAUUAUCGCAAAUUUUGGAACAUGCUCUUCAAAGCCGGCGAUAUCAUCGUUGAAGCCGUUCAACUGCAUCAUUUACUCGAAGCUGGUCUUUCCACCACGUUAGCGUACGGAUACACUGCGUUGAUCGCAUCUAGUUGUCUGUCACAGGCCUAUUUCAUCCUCUUCCCAGUCGCGCAUACAGCGUUCUCGGAGGUUUUAGUUGACACGGUGUUUGACAUGUUCUUUGCUGUGGUUUGUCCAAUCAUCUUGGUGCUCCACUCGUACACGACUUUUGAUCUCGACCGAGCACUGGCGCGACUGUAUCUGAAAGUUUAUUUUCCAGGGAGCUUUCAACGGCAAGCCAGAAUGCAAUCAGACCCCGUUGUGACGACUCUUUUCCGAUUUGCUUUUGACUCUCUCCGAACUCUAACGUGGUCAGAUCUAGUGAUCCGAGUCACGAUGAAUAUCUCGUUCAGCUACCGGUUAACUCGUCUCGUCGAAGUGAUUCACCAACGACGUAAAAGACUGCGAACUUCGAGCGCCAAGUUGGCCAAGUUACGAACUCAGCGUCGAGUGCCUUGCUGGGUUGGAGCUCUGUUUGUGGCAGCAAGCGUCUUUGUACUGGUGUACACGAACAAGUGCAUAUCCGAGUCGCAGAAAGCGUGUGAAUUGUAUCCUCAGUGCGUGGCAUUUGCCUAUCGCUGGGAUCGCCAAGACGUCUGUCCUUGUCUCGCUCUUGUGGAUGUGGAUAGAGCGCCAAAGACAUACGGUUAG